AUGGGCGGUAGGCAUACCACGGUCGAGUGGAGGUAUCGCACGAAUUUGAAUGCGCGCAUUACGGGCUUGAAGCAGGCUGUGCCGGCGCUCCGUGUGCUGGAGGCCAAGGUGAACAGCCAGGAGAAUCCAUUCAACGAUGUCGUCGACUCGCGUGGGUUCGUUGAUGGCGUGAAGGUCACGCGCAAGAUGAGUAAGGCGAAUGUGCUCGGGAAGGCAGCAGAGUAUAUCAAGGUACUCAAGAAGCGCGAGACGCGUCUCAAGCACGAGCAGGAUGGCCUGAAGUCGCUUAUCGCCGGGCUCGUCGGGGGACCGGCGCUGCUCAAAGAGUGGGAUCGCGAGUGGAAGGAGCGAUUCGGCGGAGAGGAGAAGGAUGAGAUCGAGGAUGAGAGCGCAGGUGCGGUGAGUGAUGAUGAGGAUGUUGAUGGUGACGAUAGCGAAGGAGAGGACGGUGAGGAGGGUAGGGCGCGCAAGAAGGCGAAGGUCGCAAAAGUCGCGCUGCGCCGCAACCACAGCUGGCAGUUCCCGCUGUUCCUGGCACUGUACCAGAGAAGCGUAAGCGUGAUAGGCCACGCAAGGUCCCAUUGCCUCCUGCUGUCGCUCCAGCACCAGCUGAAGACGGCAACAGCGACACCCGUGGCAGCGACACAGAAUGCAGCUCCAAUCUUCCCUGUUGACGCGCAGAUGCCAGAUACCUUCGUCCAGACCUCAUCUGACAGUCAGACACAGCAAACACCUGCCCAGCAGUACCUGCUUGCGGCGUUUGCAUUCUUCUCGGUAUUCAACUCUCCAUUGGCAUCUUCUCGUCCUCAUGCACACCCGGCGCACGAACAUCAUGGCACGGUGUUGACGCCUCAAGUGCGACCACAGGCGGAGUUUUCUAUCUAUCUGACUACCUCAUCCGCAAGCGGGCUUGGGCUGCAUGAGCUCGUGCAAGCAGCACAUUUUCUUGUGUCAACGCUCGUCUUCUUGUACGUGAUCCUGCCUUGGAUCUCGAGCACCCUCAAGCGCGCACCUGCACUCGCAUCGUACGUCACGCACCUCAGAACGUCGUGCACGACCGCAGAGACCUCUGCGACAUUCGCGAACAACGUGCAUAUGUCCAAGGCUAGGAAUCAGCAGCGCGCUGCGUUGAUGGAGGCAUUCUUGGAUGCGCUAGACCCGGCCAGGAGAGGCUCAGCAGACGAGACCGAACGGCUGCGCAGAGCUUUGGGUGUGACCGAUGGGGUCCUCGGGCUGAUGCACGGCGUCAUCAAGGCGGGAAGAGUGGAUUGGGGCAUUGAGCUGAACCAGCUUGAACAACGCGCUUGUGUCAGAUUGGGCGAGCUUGUUGCAUUCAAUGACAAGGUCGGCAAGGCCACUCGGCUGCAGAUAAUGGACCUAUCCACGCUUGCGCUCAUCAUGCGUCCCGUGUCAUUGUCGAAGGCUGCGACGCUGUGGGAGGCAGCUCACAAGCGCGAGUUCCUGUGCCCCUAUGAGAAGAUUGUGCUGGAUAAUAAGAGCGUGGACGUCGCGGCUGACUGGCUCACGAAACGGCAACGCUGGCAUGAGACGGAGCGCAAGGGCCGCUGUGCAGCUUGCGAGAAGCACACACCGCUUGAUGUCCUUGCGGCGAUCCUCAUCCGGGAGCGCCUCCGCAAGCACGCCGCUUCGCUGUUUGUGCGUACCGUUGUACAGAACGACCCUCGGGCGUGUGUAGCGGACGAGUGUAUUGUGUGCGGAGGGACCAAGUUGGAGGGCGAUUGGUACCCAACGUCAAGGUCUGAAACUACAGAAUAUAUCUUGCAGCGCUGCCUGGCCCUCUGUCCAGAACUUGCACCACCCGAAGUUAGGGCCCAACGCGCACCGACUGUGGAUGACCUGCGGGCUUUGAUUAUUGAGGUUGGAGUUGGCCUGCGCCCAGCCAGGAAGAGCGGUCUCAGACUCGAGACGAUUUGGGUUUCGGCCUCGGAGGAUGGUCGCAAGCUUCCAGCGUUUCUCAACUAUGGGCAUAGCGGUUCUGGGUUCCAGUCGUCCUGGGGAUCGGCGAUAAUCGCUCUGGACUUGUUGGAGGAGGCGCUGAGAAGCUCAUGA